AUAUAGUUAUAUGGUAACAUAUAUUUACAAUGACAACAUGACACACUCUUAAAUGACUACUUGAUUCAUAAUCAAACAAGCACAUAACUAAGACGGUAACAAAUUAGACUCAUCUUUGUUCCAUGAUUUAGACUUUAUCAAAAACCAUCACAAAAGAUGUAAAGAGAAUCAAGAGAUGGCAACUCUUUAGUAAUUUUUACGUUGACCAAAAAAAAAAUCUGUUUUUAUUCUGUUCUGAGUUUUGAGUUUGAGGUACUAAAAAUACAGAAUACAUUCGUUUUGGCUAAAUACGGAAAUUACCUUUUUGUCGUCUAUGCGCCCCCAAAUAUAUAAAGUGGGUAUUUCUGUCGAACAGUUGGUGUGCAUAACCCACUAAAACUCUCGAUGAGAAGCGUCAUACCCAUAAACCCUGCGAAGAAGAUAGAAGCUGAUUCGAAUCCCGUCAAAGAAUCAGAUAGUUACUAUGAAGGCGAACGUCUUACGCAUCUGCUCGGCUUGAUUCAGAGGUACAAAAAACACUCUCUGAAAACCCUAAGACUUGGUCCUUUAUUUUUUGUUAAGAAUUUAUCUUUUCUUUUGGUGGAAAUUAGAGGAAUUGAGGCUUCUAAGCUUUCGAAUGUGAACUCAUUGCCUGAGAAGAUAUGGCUCAAGAAACAAAUCGCGAUUGGGAUCAACGAAGUCACUCGUGUUCUCGAAAGGAUGGAAUCCAACAACACUAGUGACCAACAACAAAACCCUAAACAACCUCCGGUUCAACUUCAGGUAGUGAUUGUAGUAGCAGACUGUAAACCGAGGAUGCUAACGAAGCAUAUACCCAACUUAGCUGCUUCGAGGGGUGUUCCUGUUCUCUAUAUUAGAGACAACAAACGAGCCUCUCUCAGAUUAGGUGAGUUGGUUAAGCUCAAGACUGCUCUAGCCAUUGGUGUUAAGGCCAGAGGAAACGAACUCAACCUACUACUCCAACAGAUUCUUCCCAGUGAUUCUUGAUCCUUUAAGAGAAAAGAGUUUCUUUUGAUCUUGUUUCGAUGUGAUGAUCCUUUCUCACUGUACUAGUAGUAGUAUAUACAGAUAAAUGACAUUAGACAACCAAAUGUAGCGAUUGAGCUAUUUUUCUAAGGAUGAAUUCCCGCUCUUGUUCCCAAAAAUAUUUUUAACUGUUUAAGGCUCUCCUAGGCGCUGGCAAUU